CGUCAGCGUCGCCGAAGGGCACAAUAUGACCGCAAAUGACACAGCUUAUGCGGACGCUACAGCUUUUGAUGAGGAUGGCCGCUACGACUGGGACGAGCACCAGCAGGCCCUGGUGCUGGGAGGCUUCUUCUGGCUGCACUGGUCCACUCAGGUGCCGGGCGGCAUGCUGGCUCGCCGCGUGGGCCCCAAGCUGAUCUUCGGCCUGAGCAACCUGUCCGCGUGCCUGCUGGCGGCGCUCGCCCCGCUGGCUGCCGGCGUCGACUACCGCGCCCUGGUGGCUCUCAGGGCUCUCCAGGGACUGCUCACCGGAAUGGCGUGGCCAUCGAUGCACUGCAUGACGGCGAACUGGGUGCCGCCCAACGACAGGAGCAAGUUCAUCUCCGCUUACCUCGGCAGCAGUGUGGGAGCUGCGCUGACGUUCCCGGUGUCAGGUGUGCUGAUUGGCUGGCUGGGCUGGCCCGCCAUCUUCUAUGCCACAACACUGGCGGCCAUUGUCUGGUUCCUGGCCUGGUGGCUGCUCGUCUUCGACCACCCUCAUCACCACCCGCGCAUCUCCCAUGCUGAGCUACAUUAUCUGCAAGUCAGACUGGUUGCUGAUGCUGCCAGCUACAAGCCAGCAACUCCAUGGGGACACAUCCUGACCUCACGCCAGGUGUGGCUGCUGGUGUUGGCCAAGUGGGGCAGCUUCUGGGUGCUGUCCACCCUGCUGACACAGGCACCCACCUACCUCAGGAACAUACAUGGCUGGAGCAUUGGCAUGGUCGGCCUGUUAUCCGGUAUACCUCACAUCGGCAGGACUGCAUUUGCGCUGCUUGUCUCCAGGGUUGGAGAUUUCUUGCUGAAGAAGGAAAUCAUCUCGAGGCCAUAUCUCAGAAAAGUGGCCACUAGCUCCUACCUGCUGGCGUCGGCAGCGCUGCUGGCGGGCCUGUCUUACUCUGGCUGCAGCCACGGCGCCGCCACGGCCUUCCUGGUGGCCGCCGUCUCCGUCAACGGCGCCCUCGCCACGGGGCCGCUGGCCGCACUCGUAGAUAUCAGCCCCAGUUUCUGCAGCAUCCUGCUUGGUUUAACCAACGUCGUGUGCACCCUGCCUGGCUUCAUCUCUCCGGCAGUCGUCGGGGCGCUUACUUACCAAAACCAGACGCCGGCCCAGUGGCGCGCGGUCUUCCUCAUCUCGGCGGCGAUGGCGGCCGUGCCGGGAGCUGUGUACGCGCUGCUGGGGGACGCGGUGCGCCAGCCGUGGGACCAGCCGCCUGCGACACCUGCGGACGCGGCAACCAGCCGGGAAGUGACCCCACUCCAGCCAGGAGGACACGGCGCGGGCCAGUAG